AGUGUUAUAGCAGAAGCCGGCUGGCUUAUUCGUAAUUUUUACGUCACUUACAUAGGAACGUCUAGUGAGCUGUGUUGUGUUCAAAAUGUUUGACUAUAAGUAUUUAUCGAAGGACCAUUUAAAAGGAUUUAAUAAAUAUAAGUAUAGUGCUAUAGACACGAGCCCACUCAGUCAGUAUGUGAUGCACCCAACUUGGAACACCAUUGUCAAGAUAAUACCAAAAUGGGUAGCCCCGAAUGUGAUAACAUUUGCCGGUUUCCUAUGCAUGGUGGUAUCAAUGGUCCUUCUAACAGUGUAUGACUACGAGCUGUACGCUGUCGGCGGCAGGCCGGGGGCAAAGCCCUACGCCUCUGAGAUACCCAACUGGGUAUUCUUUGCAUGCAGUGUGCUGGUGUUUCUGGCUUAUAACUUAGAUGGCAUCGACGGCAAGCAGGCUCGUCGCAUCGGCGUGUCAGGUCCUCUUGGGGAGCUGUUCGACCACGGUCUGGACUCCUACAUCGUGUUCCUCAUACCUUACACUAUUAUAUCCAUCUACGGCAGAGAUCCAGUGUUCUCUGUUUCGUGUUUUAGAGGUUUUCUAAUAGUGUUAAGUAUUGUGAUGAACUUCUACGUCAGUCACUGUGAGAAGUACAACACCGGCACCCUGUACCUGCCGUGGAGCUACGAUCUUAGUAUGUGGAUAUCUUCCAUCCUCUUCCUAUUAGCUGGACUAUACGGCCCGGAGUACUAUAAGGUCUACGUAUUUGGUGACGUGACCUUCGUGCAGGCGCUGGAGGUCGUGAUCCACGGCAUGGGCGUCAUCACCUGCUAUCCUGUGGCUGUUUAUAAUGUCUACUUGUCCUAUCAGAACCGUUCUGGCAAGAGGUACGGUCUCCUGGAGGCAGUCAAGCCGGUGUGGUCGCUGCUCGUGGUGACUCUCCUUGUCGUCAUGUGGGCACUCAAAUCGGAGAACAACGUCAUUGAGCUAUACCCGAGGGCUUUUAUAUUCAUGUAUGGAGCACUCUUCAGUAAUAUUGCUAGCCGCCUCAUAAUCGCUGAGAUGAGCCAUAUGAAGUGUGAGGUGUUGUCCUGGAUGACCUGGCCCCUUCUCUCAGGCUUUCUGACGUCACUCUACUUGCCGCAGCUAGAGGCCACUAUACUACACUUACUCGUGGCCCUCUUCGUGCUCUCCCAUGUACAUUAUGGAGUUUGUGUGGUCCGCCAAAUCUGCAAUCACCUCAAAAUCAGAUGCUUCAUCGUACCCAAAGAAAAAAGAAAGUAAUUGCUCAAGAACCCAACUGUACUUGCAAUAAAUUUUAUACUUUAUUAAAAAAAAUGCGAUCAAAAGAUAAGAAAGAUUAUACCAACCUGCCUCCCAAUCCAUCCUGCUAAAAGAGCACCAGGUACUGAGCUAAAUAUGACACCGCGACACAAUCUAAUUCACAAAA